GAUGAAGUGUACGAAUGGCAUGUUUGGGACAAAGAAAUGAUCCGGUUUGCUACUCUACCUGGAAUGUACGAAAGGACCAUUUCUAUUGGGAGCGCUGGCAAAGCUUUCUCCAUUACUGGCUGGAAAGUGGGAUGGUCAAUAGCUCCAAAGGAAAUCCUUAACCCUCUCAAAAUGGUGCAUCAGAACUGCAGCUACACCUGCAGUACCCCAACACAGGAAGCGGUGGCUGUUGCCUUUGAGAAGGAACUCGAACUUAACUGCAGCUUCACUUGCAGUACCCCAACACAGGAAGCGGUAGCUGUUGCCUUUGAAAAGGAAUUCGAACUAUUCUCCAUACAUCCGGAACAAUCCUACCUUCUCACUGAACUUCCUAAUGAACUUCGCGAGAAGUGUGAUCGGCUUUAUAAGAUGCUUUCUGAAGCAGGCUUCGACCCCAUUCGACCCGAUGCGGGUUACUUCAUGAUUGCUCAUUUUGGAACCAUCGACGGUCCCUUCAGAUAUGAUGCAUCAGGUGACGAACCCCUCGACUUCCGUUUUGUACGAUGGCUUUGUAAGGAAAUGAAAUUGGCGACUAUACCCGUUUCUGCCUUCUAUGAUAAGGAAAACAGAGUGGGAAACGAGGACACAGUCCGUUUUUGCUUCCUGAAGACCGAUGACACCCUUCAAGCUGUACAUGAGAUGUUGAAAAACUUGAGGAGAGCAUGUAGAGCAUUUCCUCAUUUCUGA